GUAGGGGGCGCUUACACAAUGCGCUCUAAUGAAAACUCGCUACUGGAAUACACGAACAAUACGGUUCCUGCUCGAGUGAACGGCAUGGGAAUGUGGAUGGAUAGGACUUUAUGAUCAUAUUUUACAGUGCUCUAUCUAUGCUGGGGAAAGAUCCAGUUGUUUAACCUGAGUAUAAAACAUUUCAACCUAACUCAUGGCAACCGAUAAGGACAUAGCUGCAGUGGGGAGCGUUCUUGUUAAUCCGAAACAGGACCUGACAACUCGGUUUAGAGCACUUUUCACUCUGCGUAACCUUGGUGGACCAGAAGCCAUUAAAUGGAUCAGUGAUGCUUUUGUGGAUGAUUCUGCACUUCUGAAGCACGAGCUGGCAUACUGCUUGGGCCAAAUGCAGGAUGAACGGGCCAUUCCUGUUCUAGAGACAGUGCUGAAAGACGCCAGUCAAGAGCCAAUGGUCAGACAUGAAGCAGGGGAAGCUUUGGGAGCCAUCGGAAACACCAAAGUCUUGGAUUUGCUGAAGCGGUAUGCAGAGGAUCCAGUUAUUGAGGUGGCAGAGACGUGUCAGUUGGCGGUCCGAAGGUUGGAGUGGUUAAUGAAUGGAGGACAAGAAUCAGGAGAGGAGACAGAUUUGAACCCAUACUGCUCUGUCGACCCUGCACCCCCAGCCCCUAAAAAAAGUGUCGCAGAACUGAGGGCGCAGCUUUUAGACGAAAGCCUGCCACUGUUUGAGCGUUACAGAGCGAUGUUCGCCCUGAGGAAUCUUGGGACUGAGGAUGCUGUUCUCGCUUUAGGAGAUGGCCUUCAGUGCAGCAGUGCCUUAUUCCGCCAUGAGAUCGGUUACGUGUUGGGUCAGAUCCAGCACGAAGCCAGCAUCCCUCAGCUCCAGGCUGCUCUGGAGAAGGUCCAGGAGAACCCCAUGGUCAGGCACGAGUGUGCCGAGGCGCUGGGCUCUAUUGGGAAGGAGGCGUGCCUAGAGAUUUUGGAGCGCUACAAGGAGGACCAGGAGCGGGUGGUAAAGGAGAGCUGUGAGGUGGCACUGGACAUGUUGGAGCAUGAGAACAGUUCACAGUUUCAGUAUGCAGAUGGACUGUUGAGACUGCAGGGCACUCAGUGAAACCCUUUACACACAGUUCCUGAAACAUGUAUGCAAUGUAUACAAUGCAACUGGCUCAUCUUUCAAACUUUACAGUUUUUCAAAAUGGUUAAUAAAUGUUACUCCGUAUUUUCAGACAAAUAUGAACAUAUUCUCUAUUGCAAAUUGUGUAGGAUGUAUUUAAUUAAAAUAUUACUUUGGCCAGA